GUGGGUGGGGAAUUAUAAAGUUAUGGAGUAAUGGGGAAGUUUUAUACAAACGAUGAAAUAAUUCAGAGUUAAAAGGACAAUUUAAUUAACACACGCGCGCUCCCGACACGCCCCUUCCGUAUUACAGCGCGAGCUUCAUGCGCGCGACCGCACACGAGAGAGAGAGAGAGAGAAGACACGGAAACCACGGAUAAGAGAUGAAGGUACAGUUCGCACCGUUAAAUAUCCCAUUGAGGAGACGCUUACAGACGGCCGCCGUGCUGCAGUGGAUCUUCUCCUUCCUCGUGCUUGCUCAAUGCUGUCUGGCAGCCUUUGUGCUGCUCUGUGUCAGUGAUUGGUGGAUUUUGGCGGCUCUGUAUGCUGGUUGGCUAUAUUUAGACAGGGACACACCCACAAGUGGAGGUCGAAGGUCACAAUGGGUCAGGAACUGGACUGUGUGGAAAUACUUCAGGGAUUAUUUCCCCAUCUCGUUGGUGAAGACAGUGGAUUUGGACCCUAACACUAAUUACCUCUUCGCCUUUCACCCCCAUGGUGUUCUUGUAGCUGGUGCUUUUGGUAAUUUCUGUACAGAAGCUUCCCAUUUUUCGGAGCUGUUCCCGGGCCUGACGCCGUACCUGCUCAUGCUGCCCUUCUGGUUCAGAGUACCGUUCUUCAGAGACUACAUCAUGUGGGGAGGUUUGGUGUCGAGUGAGAAGGCGAGUGUGAGUUAUCUCCUCAGUCAUCCAGGGGGCGGAGCUGCAGCAGUUGUGGCAGUGGGUGGAGCUCCAGAGAGUCUGGAGGCGCGGCCUGGAGCACUUACUCUACAACUGCUACAGAGGAAAGGCUUCAUUAAACUCGCACUAAAACAUGGAGCUGGGUUGGUUCCUGUGUUUUCCUUUGGGGAAAAUGAACUGUUUGAUCAGAUGGAGAACCCCGUAGGCUCCGCCCUCCGCCGGGUUCAGGACCGCCUGCAGAGGAUCAUGGGAGUGGCUUUGCCACUGUUUCAUGCUCGAGGAGUGUUUCAGUACAGCUUUGGCUUGUUACCCUAUAGGAAACCUGUACAUACUGUGGGUAGGGGACACACACACACACACACACACACACACACACACAUGCACACACAUGCACACACACAUGCACACACACAGACAGACAGACAGACGUACGCACACACGCACGCACACACAGACAGA